UGGACGUAAAGACUAUAAUGAGAUAAUACAGCAUGCGAUAUAUCGGUGCGAUAAUCUUGUCCAUACGUACGGUCAGUUUGUUUUAUUGCUAACCAUCUGUUACGGUUACUAUAAAACCGUAUUGGUGUAAGAAUUAAAUUAUAACUAGAAUCAUCAUGUGUCGAUACAUUCUACUACUCGUCGUUGCUGUCAUCGGAAUUCAGGCUAGAUCACCACCAAUAACCCACUGUCCUGAUGCUAUGUGUAAAAUGUACUGUGAAAAUGGAUUUAAAGUCGGCGCUGAUGGAUGCGAGAUAUGUGAAUGCAACCAGCCAUCAUAUUGUUCCGAUGUGACAUGUCUUAUGUACUGUGAAUAUGGAUUUGCAACCGAUGCUGAUGGUUGCGAGAUAUGUAAAUGCAACAAGCCACCCCACUGUUCCGAUGUCACAUGUAAUUUGUACUGUGAGAAUGGGUUUCAAACUGGUGAUGAUGGAUGCGAGAUAUGUAAAUGCAACCAGCCAUCCCACUGUUCUGAUGUUACGUGUUAUAUGUACUGUGAUAAUGGCUUUAAAGUUGGUGCUGAUGGUUGCGAGAAGUGUGAAUGCAACAAGCCAUCUCGUUGUUCCGAUGCGAUGUGUUAUAUGAACUGUGAACAUGGGUUUGAAAUUGGUGCCGAUGGCUGUGAGAUAUGUAAAUGUAACAAACCACCCCACUGUUCCGAUGCCAUGUGUUAUAUGCACUGUGAAAACGGAUUUAAAAUCGGCGCUGACGGAUGUGAGAUAUGCGAAUGCAACAAGCCAUCCCAUUGUUCCGAUGCGAUGUGUUAUAUGAACUGUGAAAAUGGGUUUGAAAUUGGUGCUGAUGGGUGCGAAAUAUGUCGAUGCAAAAAACCAUCCCACUGUUCCGAUGUGAUGUGUACUAUGUACUGUGAAAACGGAUUUAAAGUCGGUACUGAUGGAUGUGAGAUAUGUGAAUGCAACCAGCCAUCCCAUUGUUCUGAUGUGAUGUGUGCUAUGUACUGUGAAAACGGAUUUAAAGUCGGCGCUGACGGAUGUGAGAUAUGCGAAUGCAACAAGCCAUCUCAUUGUUCCGAUGCGAUGUGCUACAUGAACUGUGAAAAUGGGUUUGAAAUUGGUGCUGAUGGGUGCGAGAUAUGUCAAUGCAAAAAACCAUCCCAUUGUUCCGAUGCGAUGUGUUAUAUGAACUGUGAACAUGGGUUUGAAAUUAGUGCUGAUGGCUGCGAGAUAUGUAAAUGUAACAAACCACCUCACUGUCCCGAUGCUAUGUGUGAAAUGUACUGUGAAAACGGAUUUAAAGUCGGACCUGAUGGAUGUGAGAUAUGUGAAUGCAACAAGCCAUCCCAUUGUUCCGAUGCGAUGUGUUAUAUGAACUGUGAACAUGGUUUUGAAAUUGGUGCUGAUGGCUGCGAGAUAUGUAAAUGCAACAAGCCACCCCAUUGUUCCGAUGUGACUUGCAAUUUAUACUGUGAAUAUGGAUACAAAGUUGGUUCUGAUGGAUGUGAGAAAUGUAAAUGCAACAAGCGACCUCGAGUUGUUUCACGCUCAGGACGAAGAUAAACAAGAUGUACAGCAACUGCCAACGUAUACUUGCGGAUAUAAUUUUACAAAUAAAUCUUAAUAUACUGUUAACAUUCAUA